UUUGCUCACUCAUAUUGUUCUGAUAUCCCUAGCUGCCUUUAUGCAAAAGCUGUCAAUUUAAUAGAAAUUAACUUAAUGCAAAUCUGUAAACAAGGCUUUGCAUGAGGAAACAAUUUGUCUGACUUUAACAUGGUGAAAUUAUAUCAACCUUAAUUUCUAAACAAAAAAACUUGAAUUCACUUUUUCUAUUUCCCCAGUUCAAAGUGUACUGUAUUCAUUUCAUAUUAUCAAAUUAACUAGUGCUAAAGGGUUAUUAUAUUUAAAGCUGUGAUGGUCUUUAUACUGAUGUAUCAUUUUACGGUACCUUGGUUUAUAGUUCUGAAUAUUUACCUUUUUUCCAUUUGAAGGUACUUAUUAGUAUUAAUUUAAAUUAAUGUAAGAAUGGCAGAAAUAUUCAAACACCACUGAGGUCGUGAUCUGGAGACAUGGCCAGAAACCUUCCUAAUGGGUGUGUUUUUCUAGAAACCAGAAUAUCACACGGGCCUUUUGUAUGGUGAAUUAACUUUUGGGGGCCGGGAACGUGUCUUCUUCUUGGCCUUAUUGGAUGAGCUGGAAGAGUAUAUAAGGUACAAUGAAGAGUGUCUAGGGGACAUUAUACAGCACAUCAUACCGAGGAUCAUCCUACUACUGUAGCCAUAAUAUCCAAGUUAUUUUGCUAAAGAAUUACAGUCCUUCACUAUUAUCAAGAAAACAUUCAGCUGUCUUGGUGCAUCUUCCUGGUGUAAUCCAGCAAACCCAGUACACAAUGGAUCGUAACAGGAGCAUGGAUGGAGCAUCUAGUGAAAGGAGGAUUGUGCUGGUGGGAAAAUCUGGAUCUGGAAUCAGCACAGCAGGAAAUAUAAUACUGGGAAAGGCAGCAUUUGAGCGUGAAUCGUCUGCCGAUUCGUUUACAAAAACGUGUGCCCAAGCAAGUGGCACCGUUUAUGGGAAGAGGGUCAUCGUCAUCGACACUCCAGGUGUCAAACACACUAAGAAAUGCAAGGAAGAUAUUGAUUGUGAGCUAGGAUUGUGCCUUUUUAAGUAUGCCCCCGGCCCACAUGCCUUUGUCCUUGUCCUACAAUUGGAUAAUCAAACGAAAGAGGAGGUAGAGGCUGUGAACAAGAUUAAGGAUUUGUUUGGGCAGAAUUUCCUGAAGUACACAGUUGUCCUCUUCACCUGCGGUGAUGGGCUUGACGAAAACCAGACCAUUAAUGAGUAUAUAGAAAAUAAAGGUCAAAAAUUUCUGAAGAAACUUGUUCAUGAGUGUGGAGGCCGAGUCCAUGUCAUUGAUAAGGACUGGAGUGAAGAAAAUGUGAGUAGAGAUAAGGAAAGAAGCAACAGCUUCCAGAUUGAACAGCUCUUUGCGAGUAUAGAGACGAUAGUGAGAAACAAUGGAGGGCGUCCCUUUAAAAAUAAGCAACUUCAAGACGUUUCAUGGGAGAUUAAGAAAGAGGCCCAGCAAUUACUGCUGAUGAGGCAAAGUGAGGUUGAUUGGAAAGAGCUGCCAGAGGACAAGUUAAAAGAGGAAGAACGACAGAUUUGGAAGAAAGCCACUGAAAUGAAGGGGGAAAGGAAGAGUUGUAUUGUAUUCUGAUGGGAGCAGUAGCUACAAAGGUGUUAGUGGGCGUAGUUGGGGGAAUUUGUGUUUCUUAAUCAUUAAUAAGAAUAGGACUAUGUGUAGGAAUCAAUACCCAUUUUACUGUUUGGCAAGUAGAUUUUUUGUUUUGCAGGUAAGGCAGUAUAUAACCUUCAUUCAUUGCAAUGCAACAGGAUUAAGCUUGGCAUAUUUUAUAUUCUGACCAACCUCCUACGUACAGUUUAAUCGGUGUGUGAUAAUGACUCUGGGUUAGAUGGUAAACAACCCUGUGACUAAAGGUCUUGGCAGAAAGACAAAUGUUGGUCAGGUUUAAAUAGGGUUGGGACUGGCUUGGAGCCAACAAGGAGCAAAUGUAAAUAUGAAGAGAUGGAGCCAGGGGAUUGAUACAUUAAUCU